GAAAAAGGAAAUUCAUUUUUUCUCUUUCUCUCUUUUUCUCUCUUUUUUAUAGAUAAACAUAUAUACAUACACAUAUUAUAAAUAAAUAUAUAUACAGCAGCCAUGAUUUCACUUGGUGAUGAAGCCAUCUCGAUCAAUGAAGCACUUUCAAACUAUGACCAAGUGAGUGAUUGUCCUAUACCACACAUUCAACAGGCUUCCAAUUGGGAUUGUGGAUUGGCGUGUGUAGCAAUGAUCUUGCAAGGCUUAGGAUUUAAUUGCAAUAUAGAAGAAAUAGCGAGACAGUGUUCAGUGAAUAGUGUAUGGACUAUUGACUUGGCGUUUAUAUUAAAGAACUACGUACAAGACUUUACUUAUUAUACAAGUUACUUGGGAAGUAGAAAGGAGUAUCAAGAACAAAAAUUCUACCAAGAGGAUUUCAAUCAAGACGAGAAGAGAAUUAAUAAAUUAUUUGCUAUCGCAAAGAGUUGCUCAGUACAUGUCGUAAGAAUGAUAUUGCCCUUGGAUGACUAUAAGAGAUUUCUAUAUUGUAAACAAUAUGCGACUAUUACACUUGUCAAUGCAAGGUUAUUGAAAUGUAAACUAUGUCAACAAACUCGUGGGUGCUUAGGAUCGAUCUGCGGUCAAUUAGAUUUCUUCCUUGAAAAGUUCAAAGGUUACGACUAUUUAGGUCAUUUUAUCCUCUUAAUUGGUUAUGAUCCAACUGAGGAUACCUUUAUUUAUCGUGAUCCUGCUAUCAAGGAUGAAUUUUGUGUAAUCUCUGCAGAUGACUUGAACGAAGCAAGACAAUCAGAGGGAACAGAUCAUGACUGCAUUGUAAUUAAACUAACAUCCACAUAAUUGAUUUAUAUAUACACAUCCAACAUUUAUAUAUACAUAUAUGCACAUAUAUAUUUAUAUAUAUAACCUUACAGCAUGUAAUAACCAUCAACAUUUAUAAAAACUUAUACCUUUUUUAUCGGAGGCAAAGACAGAUUGUAUCACCCUUUAUCAAAUAAAAAAAAAAAGCUGCUCCC